GACGGGACCAGGCUGCGAAGUUGGAGUGUCCAACAAAACUGUCCAAUAUGAGGACCAGUGUGGCCAUAAUUGUUCUGGCAACACUGAUAAUUGUGCCAGAAAUUCGAUGUCAGCAAGUUGCGGAGGCCCUGAAGACCCACUUGCUGACAGGGUAUGACAAGUACCUCCGCCCGGUGACCAACUCAAGCCAGAAGAUCGACGUCACUUUUGGCGUGGGCCUGCGGCAAAUCAUCGACUUGAAAGAGAAAGAGCAAACGUUCCGAAUCAACGUCUGGCUACGAUUGUUCUGGACAGACUACCUGCUGCAGUGGAACGCUUCCGACUGGGGCGGUGUGACUUCAAUAACCGUACAUUCCUCCGAAAUCUGGCGACCGGACGUAUUCCUCUAUAACAAUAUUGGUGAUUCCUACGGCAAUGUAGAAGAGAUCACCAGCAUUACUGUCCAAAGCACCGGGUCAAUCUCCUACUACCAGCCUGGCAUCUUCGAAAGCGCAUGUCCGGUUCAUGUCGGGAGCUUCCCGUUUGACACACAGGAAUGUGAGUUGGAGUUCGGGUCGUGGAUUUACCACGGCUUCGUUCUGGACUUCCACAACAGCGCCAACGAGUCUGACCAGUCAAGUUACAUCCCAAAUGAGGAGUUCGUGCUCACAAGCUCCCCGCUCAGAAAAAAGGUUGGCUACUACUCCUGCUGUCCCGAACCGUACCCUUCAAUGGUGAUCAACUUCUACUUGCAAAGGCGGUCCUUCUUCUACAUCUUCAACAUGGUUCUCCCCUGUAUCAUCCUGAUGGUACUGAACUGGUUCGGGUUCUACAUCCCCCCGGACAGCGGCGAGCGGCUGGGAUUCUUCAUGACCAUCCUGCUGGCUCUCGUCGUCUUCCUGCAGGUUCUGGCAGACAUCUUGCCCAAAACCUCGCAGACCACUCCACUGCUGGGAGUGUUCUUCGCUGCCACCAUCGGACUGGUCGGCUUCUCGUGCCUGGUCUCCAUCGUCAUCAUCCGCCUGUCCUGUAACAGCCCGCCGACCCGCCCCGUGCCCCGCUGGGUGCAUGUGGUCCUCCUGCACGGCCUGGCUCGCCUCUUCUGCAUGACCAGCAUCUACAAUGAAGACAACAUGGUCAAAGUCAGCCCCACCGGUGGAGUGGCAGCAGACGACCUUGUAGUCGAGAGGGUGGUAAGCAACGGCCAUGUCGUCAACGGAGAUGUGGACAGCCCAUACCCCACCAGGGUCACCAACGGGCGCCGAGAGUCCGUCAACGACCAGUCGGUCCUCACCGUCCUUCGCGGUCUCAACGCGCAAGUCACCAAACACUUCAACACUCUCGGGGAGAAGGCGACCGAGGAGGGGCACCAGGACGACUGGAAGAUGGUGGCUCUUGUCCUGGACAGGUUUUUCCUUUGGGUGGUGGGUGCAGGAACGAUUGCCGUCAUAGUUUGUCUGUUCUUUGUCAGAUACUAAAUAUAUCCGGGGAAUCCCAGUGGCCAGUCACGACGUCACAAUGAACAAGCUACUAUAUCUCAUCUGGAA